AUGGGGGCUCCAACUAUUAUCAACCUCGAUGCUCUCACACGAGUUAAUGCUACAGGCGUGCCUCUUGACGCCGUGAUCGAGACGGCGUGGGCCAUAACUCACCAUAUCUACACCAACGACAAUGAGGUCAAGUUUAUCCGACAUCUAUCAGACAGCCGAACAGCUUCUGUUGUUCGGAGUUUCCUCCUUGAGCACGAUUCGUCCCCCGAAGCAAUCGCAAAGCAUGGCUGCCAAGUUGUUCAUGUAAACGGCCGGCCAAAUACAUUGAACUUGGACCCGUCGGCACCGAGCUAUACGCUGCUUGUUAGGAGACUUGCUUUGAUCAUAUUGUCUCAAGAUGGUAGCCCCUCGAAUCUGGAAUCCGAUCAGGACUCGUUCACCCUUAGAAUCGUAGUGGACAACAAAACUGUUCGAGGGAACUUUGUCGCUAAAGACAGGACUCAUGACGAAUUCCUAAGUGGCAUUGCGGAGACCAUUCAGCUGGUGAGCGAGACGAUUGCGGAAAAUUGGACUUUGCCACUCAGCCAGAUGAAAUUCCUGGGCCCGGAGAACUGGAAGCGACUGGCUCGCGAUGCGCCCGAGACGGCAGUCAUUGGACCAUCUGUCAUGCGGGACAUUUUAGACCAUUGGAGUGCGAAUCUGCCAAACAAAAUUGCCGUCGAGGCGUGGGAUGGAGAGCUGACCUACUCUGAGCUUCAUGAAUCGGCAACAAAAUUAGGGCAGGUUCUCAUUCAGGCCGGUGUUGGCUUUGAAGAGCGAGUUGGUAUAUGCAUGAAGAAGAGCAAAUGGUCUAUCAUCACAUUUUGGGGACUCCUUCUUGCCGGGAUUACAGGAGUCCCCCUGGAUGUGAGGAAUCCAAAGAAAAGAACCAGCGCGCUCCUUGCAAGAGUUGAAGCUCGUUUCGUGAUUGCAGACGACUGGACAGCCCCCGGCCUAGAGGGAAUCGAGACUGGCAUCAUUCGCUGCAAUGCAGAUACGCUGGCAGGCAGCAACAGGUUCGAGUCCGUCACAGACAGGCCGCCAGUCACCCCGCAAACGGUGGCCUUCAUUCUGUUUACUUCAGGAAGCACAGGCUUCCCCAAGGCCGUGACUGUCGAGCAUGGCCCGUUGUACGGGUCGACAGUCGAAAUUGCCCGCGAGCUCUACCUAGAGCAAUCUUCCAAGUCGUUUCAGUUCGCAUCAUUUGUUUCUGACAUUAGCAUGGGCGACAUAUUUUCAACCAUGUUUAAAGGUGGCUGCAUCUACGUUCCCUCGGAGGAAGACCGGCUGAGCAACCUACAGUUUGUUCUGGAGAAGUGUCAGGCGACGCAUGCUGCUCUCACGAGCACUGUCAUGUCACAACUGAAUCCCGAGAAACUCACCCACCUUCGAUACAUGAUUGCUGUAGGGGAGGCCAUAUCCAAAGAAAACACGGUUCGCUGGCGCCCGUAUGUCCAUAUGAUAUCAGCCUACGGAAUUGCCGAGUCCAUCAUCUAUGACAGCUUCGCCAGCCCAGAGAACCUCGCAUCCGACUACCGCAGCAUCGGCUUGGCAAAGGGGCCUUGCGUAUGGGUCACUAGUAUCCAUGACCCAGAGAAACUCUUACCCUUUGGUGCGGUGGGAGAGAUCGUCAUAGAAGGUCCGUUGCUCGCUAGGGGUUAUAUGGGAGACCCCCAAAAGACUGCAGAGCGGUUCAUACAGGCACCAUCAUGGCUCAAGGCAUAUAGAGGGGAGCGAGAUGAUCAUCGAUGCUAUCGGUCUGGGGACUACGGGAUCAAGAAUCCUGACGGCACAACAUUAUACUUGGGCCGAGCUGAUACUCAAGUCAAAAUCCGCGGCCAGCGCGUCGAGCUUGGGGAAAUUGCAUUUUGUCUUUUGAAUGCCGAGCCAAGCCUAGGCCAAGUUGCCGUUGAGGCCAUCACUUUGCAAAGCCGUGGUGAUACCCAGACGCUGGCGGCUUUUUGCAAACGGCCUGCCGGAGAUUUAGAUGCGUCUGGCCCUUCAAUCUUGCCGCUGGAUGAAGAAACCAAAGCCUUGUUUAUCGAUGUGCAGUCAAAACUUGUUGAAUUCCUCCCCCAGUACAUGGUCCCCUCUCUAUUUAUCCCGGUGAAUGAUAUACCCAAGAACGCAGCUGGGAAGAGAGACCGUAUCACCUUACUUCAAUGGGGAGCAGCUCUGACAGAGGAGCAAAUUUCCGACUACCAGCUCCGGACUAGUUCUGCGGAAGCAGCUCCUGAAACCUCUGCGGAAAAGCUGCUUCACAGGGUUUGGGCUAGAGUGCUUCGAGCACCUGAGUCUUCGUUCGGGACUCGGGACAACUUCUUCCAAGCCGGCGGCGAUUCUGUCAAGGUUAUAGAGCUGCUAGCUGCGUUGCGAGAGCAGGGCAAGAAAAUCACUGUCGCGGAGGUAUUCCAACACCCCAAUAUGCAAGAGAUGGCCGAGCAUCUGGUUGAAAUGGAUGAGACCGAUAAGGAUUGCACAACUAAGCCAUUUGAACUAUUUCCAGGUGGCCGCGAUAACGCUAUCCAGCAGGUGGCGCAUGCAUGCGAAGUUGGCACAGAUGCUAUCGAGGACAUUUAUCCCACGACACCGUUGCAGGAGGCUCUGAUGGCCAUUUCUGCACAGAAGGCAGAAGCUUAUACGCACAGGACGAUCUUUAGUGUCCCUGAAACGCUGGACAUUGGCCGUUUUCAACAAGCCUGCGAGAAGCUAGUUGCAGAGCAUUCUAUCUUCCGAACUGCCAUCCUUACUCUGCCCGAUGUUGGAGCUGUUCAGGUUGUGCUCCGGUCCAAGAUCAAAUGGCACGAGUUUGAAACCUUGGAUGAUAUGGUACACUUUGAUUCAAUCACCCCGUUUUCAUAUGGUUCAGCGCUCUGCAGAUACGCCCUAGUUCGAGCGGAACAGAAUGUCACACACUUUGUUUGGAGUGGCCACCAUUCCAUUUCAGAUGGCUGGUCGCGGCCGGCAAUGUUUGAUGAGUUGCGGCACAUUUACGAACAUGGAACCGCUCAUCCUCAAGUUCCGUUCACUUCGUUUAUCAAACAUGUCUCCCGGCUGGAUCUGGAUGAAUCCGACGGCUUCUGGAGAGAACAGUUCCCGGACUCGGUCGAGCAAUUUCCCAAAUUGCCUGCACCAGGCUAUACACCGAGGGCAGAGGCCUCGGGAGAUAUAAGUUUCAGCCUUGGCCGCCGGGAGAAAUCCCAGAUUACUAUGGCCACCGUCUUGCAAGCAGCGUGGGCUCUUGUACUCGGUACAUACUCAAACCUGGACGAGGCCGUAUUCGGCUUGACAUUGUCUGGCCGAGAUGCUCCCGUCCCCGGCAUAACGGAGACAAUGGGCGUGACGAUCACCACUGUGCCGGUGCGGAUCGUGUUUGAUAACACUAGCACCAUCGUGGAAUACUUGCAAGAAGUUCAACAAUACGUCUCAACCAUAAAGAACCACCAACAUGUCGGCCUCCAGCGAAUCCAGCGUCUGAGCCCUGAAGCCCGCUCCGCAACCAGGUUUGAGAAUCUCCUCGUUGUCCAGCCAGUGGAUGAGGCGGAGGAUCACAAAGCCCUUGAGGAUCUCGGGCUUAGACUUAUCAAGAGGGAGGAAAGAGACACAGACCAGUAUGCCCUGACAGUCAAGUGUACGAUUGGAAAUGCCGACGGAUCCGUGCAUGUCAAAGCUCACUACGACGAGAGCAUUUUGGGGCGCAAGCUGAUGCAUUGCUUGCUUCACCAAUUCAAACACCUGGCCAUUCAUCUUGCAGCUGAGUCCGACGAGGUAUCCCUCCACGACCUGGACAGGAUGUCAGCCCACGAUUUGGAUCUACUAGCACAGUGGAACGGCCAUGUCCCCGUUGCGGUUGAGCAGACACUGCAUGGGCAAUUCCAAGAACGAGCAGCUGCUACUCCGACUGCCAUUGCUCUUGAUGGCUUCGAUAGUAGAUUGACCUACGAGGAGCUAGACGCGCAAUCGGCUCAGUUGGGACACUACUUGCACAAUCAAGUCGGCGUCGACCUGGAGUCGCGGGUCAUCCUCUGUUUUGGCAAAUCAAAGAUUCCAAUCAUUUCGAUGCUGGCAGUUCUUAAAAGCGGAGGCGUCUGUGUUUCCAUCAAUCCAGAGCACCCGACUCCUCGCUUGGUCGAAAUGAUUCACGAUGCUGAGGCGAAUGUUGUCCUUUGCGACCAAGGCAGCGUGGAUCGUUUCAAAGAUCAUGCGACGCAUGUGGUUGGAGUGUCGGAGUCUUUUAUUGCAAAGCUCAACAUGACUGUCAUACCUGGCGAGCCUAAACUACCGCACGUAGCUCCUAGCAAUGCAUCUUUUGUCGUCUUCACAUCAGGUAGCACGGGCAAGCCAAAAGGAUCACUACUAGAGCAUCGAUCCCUUGCCACGGAUAUGGAUGCCGUCGGUGAAAGAAUUGGGCUUGAUGCUAGGAGCAGAACACUUCAAUUCUCUUCGUACACAUUUGACGCCCAUAUCCUGGAGAUUUUCGGAACCCUCCUCAGGGGGGGCUGUGUCUGCGUGAUAUCUGAUUCCGAGAGAAUGAACCGCCUCUCAGAAGUGAUGAAUGAGCGUCAGGUCAACUUUGCGCUGCUUACAAAAACAGUUUCAAGGCUUUUGGACCCGGAGAAGCUACCCACACUCAAGUCCUUGAUCCUGAGUGGCGAGGCAAACGGCCGUCAAGAUUACUGGCGGUGGGCAGAACGUGUCAAAUUGUUCAACGGAUUGGGACCGUCCGAGUGCACACCAUUGGUUUGCUUGACCCGUGAUAGAGUCGCAAGGGAUGACGAUCCCGCAAACAUUGGCCACCCUCUGGCCUGCAGUAUCUGGAUCACUGAUCACCGCCGGCGAGACAGACUUGUCCCAAUCGGACGUGUUGGUGAAUUAACCGUUGAGGGUCCCAUAGUCGGUCGAGGCUAUAUCAACAGGCCUAGAGAAAAUGCCGCUUCCUUCUUCGCUGAUCCCUCCUGGUCCAGGGAUGGAUCCGGGCGUACAAGAAGAUUCUACCGCUCUGGAGAUCUCGCAAGAAUGAAUGCUGAUGGAAGCAUAACCUUCCUUGGCCGAGUUGACAACCAAGUCAAAAUUCACGGUCAGCGUGUAGAGCUGGGGGAGAUUGAGGAUCAGCUGCGGCGCUGCAGUCCGGCCUUUGUUGCCAGCGCAGUUGACACUGUCAAGAUGUCGAGCAGAGGAGGAGCCACGGCGUUGGUGGUAUUCUAUGCCGCUGGCCAAGAAGGCCAGAAGACUGCCCGGCUCAUUGAAUCAGCCAGUCCAAUUCUGGAUCUUGACGAGGCUUCGGAACAACAGUUCAGGGCUGCCCAAGCAAACUUGAUGGAAGCGCUCCCUAGCUACAUGGUGCCCUCGUUAUUCAUUCCUGUCACCCACCUCCCGUUUAAUGCCUCUGGCAAGCUAGAGAGGGACACUCUCCGGAACUGGGUGUCCGCUCUGUCCGCUGUCCAGUUGGGCCAAUAUUAUCUUUCUGAUCGGACAAGUCUACGAGAGCCCGAAACGAAAAGUGAGAAGCACCUGCAAAGUCUUUGGGCAAAAGUCUUGGAGAUCCCAUUAAACACUAUUCACGCCGAAGAUAACUUCUUCCGCCUUGGUGGUGAUUCUGUGCUGUCAAUGCGGCUGAUUGCCGAUGCCCGUGCCGAAGGUCUGUCAAUGACCGUUGCUGAGGUUUUCAAAACGCCUGUUCUACAAGAUCUGGCUGAAUCGGUAUCUGACAGAUAUGAGAUCCAAGACGCCGGGCUCAGCGGAAAAGUACCGUAUGAGCCGUUUUCUUUGCUCAAAGACAAGGCGAGCGUGGAUGAUUGUAUCAAGCAAGCUGCCGAGGACUGUAACGUCUCGCUAGACAUGAUUGAGGACAUCUACCCUUCUACCCCGACACAAGAGGCCCUAAUGGCCGUCUCGUCUCAUCGGCCCAAGGCCUACACGUAUCAAGUAAUUCUCAAAAUACCAACCUCAAUGGACAUUGGUUUGUUUCAGUCAACUUGGGAGAAAAUGGUCAGUGAUCGGGCAAUCUUCAGAACUAGAAUCAUAUUCCGCAGGGGCGUUGGAUCCCUGCAGACGCGUUUGCCAGAGAAGCUUCCACAGUACAUGAUUCCUUCUGCAUUUAUACCUAUCGCAUUCAUCCCAACCUCGGCCUCUACAAAGGUGGAAAGAAAGCGCUUGAGGGAAUAUGCGCAGAAUCCUGCUAUAGAGGCUUACUUGAGCAGUGAAAACCAUGUUACUAAAGAGCAGCCAAGAAGCGGCAUCGAAUCAACUCUUCAUCUUAUCUGGUCCCAAGUGCUCAACUUGAGGCCAGACGAGAUUGGGAUUAAUGAGAACUUCACGUCUCUCGGUGGAGAUUCCAUUACAGCCAUGCAGGUCGUUUCAGAGUGCCGGAAACACGGCGUCAAGCUCCAAGGCACGGAUUCACCAAAUCUGAAGGUCAAUGAUGCAAAACAUCAACAAGAGUUCCGGGGCACUGUUGAGCAGCUCAAGCAAGCACUGGCCAGUGUUCUACCUCAGUACAUGGUUCCUUCUGCUUACAUCCCCGUCUCCCGCAUACCUAUUACUCCAUCCGCUAAGACAGAUAAGAAGCUGUUGAGAGAAUUCGCUCUGGGCCUCACAAUAGAAGCAGCAUUUAUGCAGGACACUGCCUUGGCCAAGCAACAACCAACAAAUGAAGUCGAGCAAGAACUACAAAAUAUUUGGGUCAAGGUACUCAAUGUCCCCGCAGAAAAGAUCGGCAUUCAUGACAGCUUCAUGUCAAUUGGAGGAGAUUCAAUUACUGCGAUGCGUGUGGUGGCUCUUUGCCGAAAGGCCCAUCUCAAGCUCCCAGUGUCUGCUAUCUUGCAAAAGAAAACAAUUGCGGCUAUUGCCCCUCAUUGUGAAAGGGAUAUGAAUGGCUUGUCUAAUACUGCACUCGAUAACGCGCCCCAAGACACCUGGUUCGACCUAACACCUAUCCAGAAGCGGUACUUCGAGCAAGAGUCGAAGGAUGGCCGCAUUCAAUAUAAUCAGAGUUUAAUGCUUCGCCUCAAGAGAGACGUGACGACUGAGACACUAAGGGCAGCCUUCGACCUCAUUGUAUCUCGCCACGGAAUGCUACGAGCUAGAUUCGAGAUCCAAGAUGCGCCAGAGAAUGUUCAAGACAUGCUUCCCACUUCGCCAUUCCAACGCUUUGCACUUCAAGGACACUUGGAUGACCCUCCAAGACACUGGACGCACUACUAUUUUGAGCUUCCUCACGAUGUCGAUGUCGGUAAGCUUCGGAACACGUGUGCCAACCUAGUCAAACACUACUCUAUUCUCCGCACCAUUUUCGUCCAACAUGGAGACGAAUUCGUUCAAAUUGUUCUCAAGUCAUAUGAACCCAAGAUCGAUUAUUCCUACGAAGAGACGGAAGAUAUCACGACCCUUAUGGAGACCAUCUUUCAUCGGGACAUUGGGUUGCUUCCACCUCUGGGGGGGGCAUUCCUUCGCUUUGCAAUUAUCCAGACCCCGACAAGAUGCCGUCUGUUGAUGCGCUUGUCUCAUGCACAGUUUGACGGCUUCAGCCGUGUCAGCUUUGUCAAAACAUUGGCUAACCUUUACCACGAUCCAAAUUAUUCCGCAAAUUCUCUUGAUUACGCAGAAUUCAUCCAACAAGCGGGGCGGAAUCGCGCACAAAGCAGUGACUUUUGGAGAAAUCUUCUUCUUGGAAGUCACCCUACCAGUGUGCUGAAUAUUAAGCAGAAUGCCACUGCCAAGGGCACAGUAAUUCGUGUCGAGAAGACGAUCCCACCAUUCCGUAAAUUAGAAGGGAUCACCUCAGCUACCUUUUUCAACGCCGCCUGCGCCAUACUUGUCCAAACCUUGACAAACGCGUCUGAUGUCACCUUUUGUCGCUUCGCUUCGGGUCGUGGCGGCCUCGACGCCAAGUUCCAAGAGUUGGUUGGCCCUUGCGCAAACCUGGUUCCCUUGCGUGUACGGUUCCCUCAAGGUUAUCAGACAGAAGCAUCGCAUGUAUUUGAGCAAAUUCAUGAACAAUCCAUCAAGUCGAUUUCUCACGAGGCGUUUGGCCUUGAUGAUAUCAUUCGCGAAUGUACGGACUGGUCUACGUCAAUGGCAACCUUUCCCAUCAUAACACAGCACUUGAACUUGGAGGAGGGAUCCGAGAGCGAGCUGGACGGCGCUUUCAGCGCAAACGUGUGGGAGCCAGAAACGGCGGAUCCAUUCCCUUGGAGUCUGGCUUUGGGUGCUUUCCCUGGGCGUGCGGGCGUUAAUGUUUCAAUUGCCGUUAAUUCAAACUACAUGGAACGGGCCAUGGUGGAGAAAAUACACGAAGGGCUUUGCCAGGUGAUCGGGGAGAUUUCGAGGGGGGGACUUGAUUGA